GCCACGGUUCCCGUCGGACGCAGGCGCGCGCUCUGCCACCGACAACUCGCCACCUCACCAGCUGCUCGCCGCGUCCACGCUCGCCUGUGCCGCUGACGUCUGCAGCAGCCAGCCCUUCACCGAGGCGUCUCCCAGACUCCUCGCCAGUCUUCCAGCUGCCGCCUCAUCCACAGCCCUAUAUGAUAUACGCCGGAUACAACGAUGUGGCGGUGAGCGGCGGCGGCGGGGGCGGAACGAGCUGCGCCAUGUUCGCGAGCGGCGGCUCUGCAUCCGGGGGCGGCAGCACGUCGGGCAGCGGCAGCGCCGCCAGCAGUGGGGGCGUCUUCGACAGCGGCGUGGCGUCGUUCGCGCAGGCGGCGGCCGCGGCGGCGGCGGCGGCGGCGGCCCACCAGCACCAGCAGGCGGCGCCGCAGCAGCCGCAGCAGCACCAGCAGCCCGUGUACGUGCCCUCCAGUCGGCCCGUGCUGCCCCACCACCACCACCACCACCACCACGCGCAGUACGCGCCCACUGCCGCCACAGGGGGCGCGCACGCGCUGGUGGGCGGCGGGGGCGGCUGGGCGGCGCCGGUGUCGGCGGACGGCUACAUGGCGCCGUCGCAGCACCACGGGCACGCCUUCUACCCGCAGGGCCCCGCCGUCGUCAUGUCGUCGUGGCGCGCCUACGACGGCGCCGCCUCCUUCCAGCGCGCCUCGCCCUACGACAGCGCGAUGGAGUUCCACUUCGGCGAGGGCCGCGAGUGCGUCAACUGCGGCGCCAUCUCGACGCCGCUGUGGCGGCGCGACGGCACGGGCCACUACCUGUGCAACGCGUGCGGCCUCUACCACAAGAUGAACGGCAUGAACCGGCCGCUGGUGAAGCCCUCCAAGCGCCUGACGGCGACGCGCCGCCUGGGCCUGUGCUGCACCAACUGCGGCACGCGCACCACCACGCUGUGGCGACGCAACAACGACGGCGAGCCGGUGUGCAACGCAUGCGGCCUCUACUUCAAGCUGCACGGCGUCAAUCGGCCGCUCGCCAUGCGCAAGGACGGCAUCCAGACGCGCAAGCGCAAGCCCAAGAAGCCCGCCUCCGGCGCCGCCGCCGCAGCCGCAGCCAACGCCUCCGCCGGCGCCGCCCCCAGCGCCGGCUCCACCCCCGCGUCGACCACGUCCGCCUCCGCCGCUGCUGCGACCGCCUCCUCGCCGCAGCAGCCAGUUUCCUCUUCGGGCGGGGAAUCGCCUGUAUCAGACAAGAAGAGCCCAUCUGGAGACCACCGCAGCCAUCACCUGCAGCAACAGCUGAAACAAGAAGAACGGCAGCAGCAGCCGCAGCAGUACCUGGCGCAGACGAUGAUCCCAGCUUGCGUCGUCAAGACGGAGCCUCCAGAGAGCGGACGGCAGCACCACUCGUACCACCAAGGCCACCAGCAGCAGCACGUGGCGCACCAGCCGCACCACCAGCUGGCACACCACCAGGCUGCUCAACACCACCACCAACAGCACCAUCACCAGCACCACCAUCAACAGCAGCAGCAACAACACCAGCACCAGCAACACCAGCACCAGACCUUCCCAUUCGCGCCUCCAGCUGGGGACGUCAGCGCUUACAUCAUGGGUCACCACCACCAUCACCACAUGGCCGCCACCAAGUUAAUGGCAACUACUUAAAUCCGUGUGUUUUGAGUCCCCUGUGUUGGCUCGAGAUGUUGUGCGCGUCCUGGGCGUGUAAGCAUUUAGUUUUUGCUAGCGUCCACCUCUUAAAUGCGUUCAGUAACAUCGCUUAUCCAUUAUGCACCAUUAUACAUAGAAUGUGAGCGAUAAGCGAACUGGACAAACAUUCUUAAUUAUAAUCGAAGUGCUCGAUCUGUGUUAAGCGCCUGAUUGUUUGUACAGGAUGUAACUAAAUUCUCUUUACAGACUUUGAGGAAAGGUUCCUUACAACGAGUCAAGAUAAAAAAAGUGUGGCAAACAUGGGCUCUGAGAUUUUCACUCUGCAGGAGUGCUAGUUCUGCAAGGUUCGCAGGAGAACUUCUGUAAAGUUUGGAAGGAAGGAGGCGAGGUACUGGCAGAAGUAAAGCUGUGAGGACGGGGCGUGAGUCGUGCUUGGGUAGCUCAGUUGGUAGAGCACUUUUCCGCGAAAGACAAAGAUCCCGAGUUCGAGUCUCGGUCCUACACAAAGUUUUAAUCUGCCAGGAAGUUUCAUGGGUUCUAAAACUCAUACAUUAAGAGCUAUGAACACUUGUUCAAUAGAAGAGGUGUGUUUCACAGUUGCGAACGUGAGCAAGUACUCAGAGCUCAUAAAGAGUGCAUUUUACAGCCCAUGUUUACUGGACUUUUUUUCUUCUUUUGGUUCAUAAUACCUUCUCUCAAAAUAUAGAAAGCAAGAAGCUUAAGCAGAAGAAGUAUGUUUUAAAGUACCGAAGGUCAAAAAUUGCUCAUAGGUCUUGAGUUAUGCAUUUUAGAAUCCGUAUUUAAUAGGCAUUUUUUCUUGUUUUUAUGUAAGGAACCUGUUAUCAAAGUGUGUACAGGAAAUUUAGCUACGCCCUGUGUAUACUACAAGCGUAAAAGUGCCAUACUGUAGAAAAAAGCGUUCUCGACGGUGUGAUCAAUUUCGUCUUUCGAGAGUAUUUUCCUCAAUCUGUAAUGGAAAAAUAAUUUCGCAGCUGGCAGAAAUGAGUAAAGUAAGAAUAAGUUUUCAACUUUCUUUAAUUUAUUAUUCAACGUGGUCUGUGUAGAAGUUUCGCAACAAAGUGUUAAGAAGUGACCUACUACGUUCUUAAUUUAUACAAAUAAAUGAAAGUUCAAGAAUAAGAACUUAAAAGUUCACUGCUAUUACGCUGUUGUAAGUGUACGUACAUUAAAAUAUUCAUAUUCUCUCCUUAGGCAUUGUGAUACACAGUUGUAACAAUUAUCAUGACAAACUGUAACGUGUUACAACACGUAGUUUAACAACAAAACGAUUUCCUGACAAUCAUCAUUAUGCAAAUGAAACUGAAUGCGCAAAACACUCUAAUUUUCGAAGUGCUGUAGUUGAGUCUUUCUUUUGCGUGGGUUAAAAUUGUUUGGAUACGGAAGCAGUAUGACAAACAAUGCGAUUUACCAGUUGUCUGUUCUCGACCGUUCUUCGUGCGUCUGCAGCAGCGCAAAAACCAUUGUGAAUUUAUUUCUCACUAAGAGAUAUGGUGCAACUCAUUGCGAUGAUAGCAUUCUCAGUGCCUCAUAUUGAGACAACGUCUCACUGUCAGAUAAUUUUUGGUAAAUACUCAUUAGACUAGUCAAAAAAUGUAAAUUCACAUAAUACUUUCCAAACUAUGGAUUUUGCAGAGUAAACUUCGCCUAUGGAGAUUUUUUUUAUGUGACUAAUGGGAAGAACUAUUUGAAUUUAUGAGUAUGCUGUUUUCUGCAUUAGAAGCUUCGAGGGCUUCCCCACCUUUUUCGCAAACUCUGAAACUAAUUUCCGAAGCGACAGCCCGUGCACACACAUGUGUUACAUCUGCCGUUAGCCAGACAAAAAAAUUAUGAACAUUUCUGAAAGAAAUGUUAACGAAUGAACUUUUUUUAUAAUGAAUUGAGCUGCAAUGUCAUAUUCGUAUUUUAAGAUUUUCUCCGUCGUAAUCGAAUCGUUUAAUUUAUCCAGUGUAAUAUGAAGUGCAAUGAACUGUCAUAAUUUAUAACAUGCUUUGCUUCAAUCACUGCAUCGAAAGGGAAAAUCACUGUUCUGCGCAACAAACAAAUAGGUAUUUGUAGUUGUACUGUAUGUAUUACAAACCAUAGUAAUAUUAGAAGUGUUGAUUCGUUUUGUAAAUGUCGAUGUAUUCCCUGUAGUCUUAAUUAAACAAUUUCGCAUAGUAA